AAUUUCAGUAGGCCUGGAUGGAAUCACCACUCGGGGUCAUGGCCUGAUUAAUAUCUAAGUUAUAUUGAUAAAUCUGACUAAAAUCACAGCAAAUAUACGAAAAAUACAAUGUUUACGACAUUCUAAAACGUUAAAUGAUUGUGGCUUUAGAAUAUUCUAAUGAUUGGUUAUCGAAUAAAUGAUUUCAUUUCGUGGAAAAUAUUAAUCCCCGGUAAGCAUGAACAAGUUAAACCACGUCAAUCCAUGUUUGUGGCCGCUCUUAUGACGAGAUCUUCAUCACCGUCCGUGUUUUAAAACAAGAUAAAUGUUUCAACCCCGGCAAACAGCGUGUCUGACAACGAUGUCGCCCCAUAACGAUAUUAUUCCCGACACAUGUUCCUUUUGUUUAAGUUGUUUUUCAAUAUUUUUCGAUCGAAGAUUUGUUGUUAAAUCUUUGGCUGUUAUUGUGUUUUUCUGUGUACCUGACGAUGAUUGAACAUUCUGUUAUAUAUGUUUGCCACAAAAUGUAAAGGAGGCAUGAGAAAGCUACAAAUAUUUCUGGAUCUGUCAGGGCGCGAUAGAAGGUCCAUUUAGAGGCAGACAGAGUGGCGGAGUGUUCAGCAAAUCGACAUAGAAAGUUUCAAAACCUGGAUAUGAAGAAAUUCGACCUCCGAAAUAUAAUAUUGAUGAUGGUAUUUUACAUGACCUUACCGAGAGCAUUGAAAGCCAAGAAAUAUGCAAUGGAUGAAAAGUGCGGCAAAACAAUCACAAUGGAUGGAAAGAUUUUUCACUCGGCCAACAUCCAGCAAACCUUCAGAAAUAACUACGCUCUGAACACCAGGUGUCGCGUGCUGUUUGAGACGAUGGAGCCCUACCGCUUCAUCAUUGUGUUUAAGCGGCUGGACAUCGAGUUCGAACCCCUGUGUGACGAUGACAAUCUCCAGAUCUUCGACGGAAACAGUACGUCACAUCCAACUAUUACAGGAUUACCAUCCAGGAUAUGUGGACAAGAGCGACCCCCUGGUUCCUAUGUAUCUACAUCUAGCCAGAUUAUGAUGGCGUUCCACAGCGAUUUCUAUGACGUAAGAGACGGGUUUGAAAUCACGCUGACUACUUUUAGAGAACCGCCAUGUGAGGGCGAGGAGGAGUUUAGGUGUAGGAAUGGCCGCUGUAUCUCGGCGCUGCUCCAUUGUGACGGCACCAACAACUGCGGGGACUACUCCGACGAGUGUCAGUGGACCGCGGGGGUGCUGGUCGGAAUCCUUGGGGGCGUGCUGUUCCUGACCAUAGCGGGCAUUGUGGCCGUCAGAUUUGGGAGAAAGAAAAGGCUGCUUAAAAUGCCGAGAAAGUUGAAGAAAGACAAGACAAGAGAAAUGACAUUGGAGAUAUUUUCUACACCGGAAGAAGACGUGAAAUGUGAGCACCAGCCAACGACUACGUCUAAACGAUCCAAAGCCUCGGUCCCUGAGGUCCAUCAGUCCCAUUGUCACCUGUACAAAAUCGGUGAAGAGACCCGUGACAAAACUCACAUAAAAAUCUAACAUAUUG